AUGUCCUCUCUCUCCAUCCUCAUAGUCGGCACCGGCAUCGCCGGCCCCACGCUCGCCCUCCUCCUCCAGCGCGCAAACCCCCUCCACCACAUCACCCUCAUCGAGCGCGCCCCCACGCUCCGCGCCUCCGGCCUCCAACUCGACUUCAAAGCCCAGGGCACGCCCAUCAUGCGCAAGAUGGGGCUUUUGGAAGCUAUGCGCGCGCACCAUGUCAAUGAGACGGGUGCGCAAAUCGUGGGGGCGAAGGGCGAGGUCUUGGCUGCGUUUGGUAUCAAGGAGGACGUUGGGACGGAGGGGGGAGACGGUGUGGAUGUUACGUUUGAGGAUGGGAGGGAGGAGAGGUUCGAUCUUGUUGUUGGGGCUGAUGGGCAGAAUUCGAGGACGAGGAAGAUGGCGUUUGGGGAAGAAGUCAGCGCGGAGGCGUUCAAGGAGUUGGGGUCUCAGGUCGCGUAUUUCAACAUCCCACGGGGUGCUGGCGACGGCACGAUUGCGAGGUUGUUCUUCUCGGCGAAGAGUCGCGCCGUGAUGGCGAGAAAUGGGGGACGCCCGAUGACACAGGUGUACAUGUUCAGUCAGAGCAACUUGGAGAAGAUAAAGGCGUCGUACGGGAAGUCGGUGGCGGAGCAGAAGGCGGUGUGGAAGGAGACGUUCAAGGGCGCGGGCUGGGAAACGGAUCGGUUUCUCGAGGGAAUGCAGACGGCAGACGACUUCUACGCGCAUCAUAUCGCGCAAGUUAAGCUACCGUCGCUCUACAAAGGCCGCAUAGCCUUGGUUGGUGAUGCGGGAUACUGCCCCAGCGUCAUGACUGGCAAAGGAACGACAGCGGCCUUUAUCGGCGCAUAUCUCCUCGCCGGCGAACUUGCGAGAAAGCCUCACGAUGUGGACGCCGCGCUCAAGUCGUAUGACGAGGUCAUGAAAGAGCCCGUCAAGCUGGCCCAGAUCAUCGACGCGAAUUUGAGUCUCCCGUCCUCUUCGCUAGCCGUGUGGUUCAUCCGGAACGGGCUAUGGGCGGCUUGUUCGCUAAAGAUCGAUAAGUUAGUCAUGAAGCUGAUGCCGCAGAAGAAAGAGAAAGGGACCCUGGAAGGAUGGCAGCUGCCGAACUACCCCGAACUGAAUCUGAGGGAGUGA